AUGUCAUUCUUACCAUAUUCGUACAACCCCUCACUCUCACCUUACCCUUCGUAUUCAUACCCCUUCUCACAAUCGCUCACAACGCCCUCACCGAUAUACACCUUACUGAUAGUAGGAAUGGUACUUUUCAUGGCUGCUAAUAUUAUGCCCAAUCUGAUUCCUGCAGCUGACAGAGUAUGGCACGUCGCUCCUAUGGUCUUGCAAUGGGGAUUCAUAAUCAUCAUCUUUGCACUGAUGGUACAAAUGCUGAGUAUUGUCCCGGGUGUACCUCAAUUACAUAUCACCUACGUCCAUAUGGCCAUAGCGAGUUUAUUGUUCAUCCUUAUGUGGAACCAUAUCAUAUCUGAAAUCCCACCUUCUGCAGAAGAGAAGAAAUCUUCUGCUUCUUCCUCUCGAGAAAAACCAUCAGAAAAGAAAGAAGAAACGAAGAAAAAUGAUGAAGGACCAUCAGAACCUUCACCGUGGGAUGAUCUACGAUCGCACCCUUCUGCGUUCCUUACUACCAGACUGAACAAGUUGAUGCCUUGGCCAUUCCCUUUGGGGAGAGCGAAGAGGGAAGGUAAUGAACUGUGGUGGGAGAAGGGAAUGCCAAGUCAUGUAGGACACUUUAACAAGCCGGAUCCGGAUAUUGAGAGAAAGGCCAAAGAGGAAGAAGCUCGCAAGAAGAAAGACACCGAAAGAGCUAAAUUGAAAGAAGAGGAAAAAGCUAAAGAAGCUGAAAGGCAAAAAGAGAAAGAAAGAGCUAAGAAGGAAGCUGAGGUAAAAGCGAAAAUGAAAGAGGAGGAAAUGGAGAAAGCUAAAGAGGAUGCGAAGAAGAGGAAAGAGGAGUCGGAAAGGAAGAAAGUGGAAGACAGGCAUAAGCAGAAGCUCUGGAGAACGAAAUACCUAGCAAUGAUCAUCGGAGUCAGUAUGCUGAAUAAGACUUUGGGUUUCUUGCUGCUGCUGCUAUUUUCCCUUCAGAUGGUAUCUCAAGAGCUCAACGAUACACCACAGGCCUCUUCCACUGAUAGUAGUAGUAGCGGUAGUUCGUCGAGUUCUGGUUCCUCGACAAAUCAAGAAGAGAAAGAGAAUAUCGCGCGACUCCAGCCGCAGAGAGAGAAGGAGAAAGCAGCGGCAGCGGCAGCAGCCAAGUCAUCAUCAUCAUCAUCAUCAUCUUCUAAGACUUCCCCUUCGAGCUCUUCAUCAAGAGAUCCUUCCAAAUCAAGCUCUAUCUCGGGCUCAAGCUCGUCAAAGUCUAGCUCGAAAGAUCAUGUCUCCUCUGAUGCGAUCAGAAAGGCAUCGGGAAGUACGACAGUCACAAAUGUCGAUCCUGAUGGAGGUGGUAUCGGUGUACCUUACCAGGUUGGAUUCGGGAUGAACUACAUCCAUACGCCUAAUUCGGAUAAGAAGGAUCAUUUGACUUUACCAAGUAUAACUAUACCUAGUACUGGGAUGUCACAUCCUCUUAUGACCACUACGUAUCGACAGUAUGCUAAUUAG